AUGACUCUACUGACAAAUGAGAAGCCCAACAAGUUCCCACAUGAGUUGGAAAGCUACACCUCCACCGUGAAGUCUCACUCCAUUGACUGCAGCCCUAAUGGCGAUUAUGCGGAUGGCACGGAGGAGGAAGUGUUUCAGGCUAUGGAGCCUCCAAAGAGGUCGCGUGGACGCCUCAUCAUGCACGCCACAGUGAUGUUCGGGAGGGAAUUCUGCUAUGCGGUGGAGGCUGCAUUCGUCACGCCUGUCUUGCUAAGUGUAGGACUCCCACGAAGUCUGUACAGCCUGGUGUGGCUCAUCAGCCCUGUCCUGGGCUUCAUCCUCCAGCCAGUGAUCGGCUCAGCCAGUGACUUCUGCCGCUCACCAUGGGGACGCAGGAGACCCUACAUCCUUACACUGGGUGUUAUGAUGCUCAUAGGCAUCACCCUGUUUCUCAACGGAGAUGCUGUGGUAUCAGUGCUGGUGCAGCACAUAGGUUGGAAGAGAACUUGGUCCAUAGUGGUGGUUAUGUUUGGAGUAGUCAUGUUUGACUUUUCAGCGGAUUUCAUAGAUGGACCAGUGAAGGCCUACCUGUUUGAUGUUUGCUCUUACCAGGACAAAGAGAGAGGCCUGCAUUACCACGCCCUGCUUACAGGUCUGGGUGGAGCAUGUGGGUAUCUGACUGGUGCCAUGGACUGGGGACAUUCGCCACUGGGGGCUCUACUGGGUUCCGAGUAUCAGGUCAUUUAUUUCUUCUCCGCGCUUACCUGGGGCUUCUUCCUCACUGUGCAUCUCUUCAGUAUUCCCGAGAAACCUUUGGGAAAACAGAAUUCCACUGAGCCCUUGGUCCAUGGUUCCCCCUUGCUGCAGCCAUCAGUCAUGAAUGGUUCCACAUACGGCACUGUGACAAAUGAACCUGAGCUGCGACCCCGAUCGUUCUCGGCUCUAAGCGAGGCCAACUCCAUCACAUCCAGCUCCAAGCAAGGAAGCAGUGAGGUACAGAAGAGGAUGACUCUGAAAUCACUACUGUCUGCCAUGAUUAACAUGCCCAGCCACUACCGCUGCCUAUGUAUCAGCCACCUGCUGGGCUGGACUGCUUUCCUCUGUAACAUGCUCUUCUUUACUGACUUUAUGGGGCAGAUUGUGUAUAAGGGGAACCCUUAUGCUCCUCAUAAUUCAACUGCAUAUGCCACCUAUGAGAGGGGGGUGGAGGUGGGCUGCUGGGGGCUAUGCAUCAAUGCUGUGUCCUCUGCUCUCUAUUCCUACAUACAGAGGCUGCUAAUGCCAUACAUCGGUUUGAAAGGUCUUUACUUCGUGGGUUACUUCGUGUUUGGACUGGGCACAAGUCUAAUUGGUCUGUUUCCAAAUAUCAUCUCUACGCUGACACUGUGCUGUGCGUUUGGUGUGAUGUCCAGCACACUUUACACCGUCCCAUUCAACCUGAUCUCAGAGUACCACAAGGAGGAAGAGGAGAAGAGAAAGCAGAGUGGGAAAGACAUGUCUCUCCAGAGCAGAGGGACGGGAAUGGAUUGUGCAGCUCUGACCUGUAUGGUGCAGUUAGCUCAGAUUAUAGUAGGAGCUGGACUCGGAGCUUUAGUUAAUGUAGCCGGUAGUGUGGUAGUGGUGGUUCUGUCAGCCUCAACUGUGUCCCUCGUCGGCUGUGUCUUUAUUACUGUCUUUAUUAAACAUGUACACUGA